GUUUGUAUAACCAAUGAUCCGUGUAAAUGGUCAGAUAGCUUUCGAUAUUAAACCCCACGAUAAAGUGCGGUAUGAUCGUUGAUUAGUGCCGCAUAACGAAGUAUCACGUGGUCGUGUGUUGGCAUCUACAUUACAAUAAGAGCCUGGUUUAAACUGGAGCGAAUAAUAGAUUUUAAAGCGUAAGCCUAUGAUAAAGAUGUGAUAAAGCGAGUUCUUCAGCGUGGUGUUUACUUCGCAUGGAUCGCGCGCGUCAUUAUCAGGUAGAUGCUGAUGGGGUUUAUUGUGGGAAAAUCCAUACUGGCUGCACGACAACAGUUCUACGGCUCCCUGUGUAUUGAUUAGUGAGAUGCUGAUGCCAGAUAAUGCCAGUGAUGUUUGCUGACGGAACUGUUAUUUAUUAAUUACGUAGGAAUACCAUGUGCAGAGGAGAACGGCGUAACCCCGACACUUAUUUGCCGUAGUUUGGAUGGAUUUUUUACGUAAAGGAGCACUGAGGGCGAAAGGACUAUUUUAGCUUGCUGGCGACACAUCUUGCUGAAAGGGACAUCUCUUGCGGGGUGUUUCCAUAUACAUGAAGCACACGGCCUAUAGUAGUCUAAAGACUUAAGUAAAUAGACCCACCAAGAAAACACGUUACUAAAUGAUUUGGUAUGCAUUUUGUAUGGUAACAUUUGGCUUAUAGAAGUGGCUCAUAAUUAGUAUGUCAACAUUGAAAGCAAAGAAUCCCACAAGACGCAUAUCAAAAGAAAUACGUUGCAUAUGGAUGAUGAUACUAAGAUCAGUAGAAUGAUACCGAUCGCCGUGUGAAGUCUCUUUUGUUUGACGAGUUUUCAGGAGACGAAUUUCGAAUGUCAGUCAACAAUACUACAUUCCGUUUCCUUGCAAUACUGUCAGUAUUGACGGUCCUCAAUGUGACGUUCUUGGGCUUUAACCAUACCCGGAAGGAAAACGUACCAACGUGUUCAGUCGAUGACGUCCUCGGUGGCAUCACAGAUUACAUACGGGGAACGGGAGCGCGUGACAUUGAAUCAGUUAUGCCUGAGGUGUGCAAAGCUGUCAUAAGAAAGACUGACGUUAAACAAAAUCUUAUCGCAUCCGUAAAUGGGUUGAUUUCAGUUUGUCUCCAAAGAAAUACGUCCAAGACUCUUCACAGAACUUUACCCAACCCGAUUGUUACGUUGUUUACCACGUGGUCAGAAACUAACAGCACCGAAAAGAAGACGGUUCAUAACUUAACAAUGCGGAAUUGGGCACAGUUCAAGCCGAUGGUGGAAGUAGUUGUUUUUACAAAUUCAACUGAAGAUGCUAAGCUUGCGAAAGCUUAUGGCGCGAGUGUGUUGCCCGUGUUACAACAUCGUGGCGGUGGAUCGCCUGUUUUGAAAUGGAUGUUUCAGGAAAUAAUGAAAGACCGUAUAACUAGCACUCUUUUCGGAUAUGUGAAUUCGGAUAUUCUUUUUACGGAUAAGUUCGUGCAAACCUUACAGGCGAUCAUUCGCAACAAGAAAUUAACACGUCCUUUUAUGAUUAUCGGACGUAGAACUAACGUGCUAGAUGUGACGUUGGAAGAAAGUGAGACGUUCUCAGAUCUUGAAAAAAUUGCCAAAACUAGAGGCGAACUUUUCGGCGCAAACGCGGAGGACUUUUUUAUAACGAAUUCCGCGUUUCCGUGGGCUAAAAUCAUCGAUGUCGUCGUAGGAAGAUUAGCGUUUGAUAAUUGGAUAGUGGGCCAUGCGAUUUGUGAACUUAAAAUAGACGUCGUUGACGUUAGCGACACCGUGUUGGCGGUACAUCAGAGUACCAAAGCCGGUGGAAACUACGAGGGCUUUCAGAAUAAGUACGCGCACUAUAACGCCGCUCUGUUCAAAGCACUGGCUUUAAACCCCGUGUAUGAGCGGGGUUUCACUAUUUGUACACAGGAGAGAACGUUCGUAAGCUUUUGCGGAGAGAUUAUGGUCACGAAACGGCGAGACUUUUGGGGACCCUGUGACUGUCAUAUGAUUGUAAAGCAAUAAGGCCAUGCAAAACGGAUAGAUCAUCGUCUCGAAAUUUAGGAUAUGCUUAAACGGGUUAUUUUAUUGUCAUUUGAUACUUACAGAAAUUUUUUUUUGUUUAACUGACUUUAACAUAUAAUUGUGAACAUAACAAGGGUACUUUGUUACAAGUUCCAACUUGAAUUUCGAAAAUGUGUUGCUGUUGUUUGGUCAUGGUUCUAACAAUUUACCAAGGACGCUUUACAUAGGAUCAAAGUUUGUUGGCUAAGAUUUGAAUGUAUUGUUCUAUAUGUUCCCCGUUUAGUAAUCUAGUCAUUUUUCACGUUUUCAAAGUAUUUUGAUGUUUUAUAUACCUCGUAAUCGUUACUGCUGUUGAUUUAACCCGUUUAUCCAAAGAUAUGUUCCCAUUCCGCCAACUCAGUAUUGUAUAGAUAUGUUAAUUAAACAACGAGUCUUUUCUUUUUAUAUUGUUUAAUAUUAUACAAUUUUGCGUAUUACAUGCAUGCUGUUCACAACGAAUGUAACAAUGUGUUUAAUCGGAUAAACACAGCUGCAGGCAUUUAUGAAAGGCUUAGUGUAAACCUGCUUUAUUUGAUCCUCCCAAAGCCGAUAUAUAGUCCCCUUGUUUCUUGGCACCCCACUGUGGCCAAAGUUCUGCAAACAUUAAUACCGGUAGUAGUAAUCAAUACACAUAAGCCGAUGAGGUGCGGCCACUGUUAAGCCUGCUAAGAGAUACGGUUAUAUAUAGGCACAUUGCUUUAACAAGGCGUGAAACGAUGUGCGUAAGGACCUGGGGACUACCACAGGCUGUUCGCGAAGCGUAGUGGAUGGAACACGCUUUCACACCUAGGCAACACGUGUUCGGUUCCCGCUCCCGCUGCACAUACGCUUUGUUCGUGAUUACCACAGUGGGGUUUCCUUUCCCCCUACUGAAAAAGAUCUAACCCCAAAUCAAAUGUAUUUUAUUACAAAACUAAAUAGUUGGAAAUUUCAGUUUUAAUUCCAAAUUCAUCCCAACUUUAGUGGUGUUAGUAUGAUAGACAUUAAUAGUUGCGCUUGUCCGUCCGUGCGCACUUCCCGAAGCUUGUGUUUGAAACUCGACUUAAUAGUCUGUUUGGAUCUUGCUGAAACUUUGAAAGAUGAAUGACCUUGAUGAAUUGAUGAUGAAUAUCUUUUGGCUAAUACCAUUCGAGGCAGAAGUUUUGUCCUUUGUCUGUUCCUUCAAGAUAAAGCUUUUUCUUUCAAGCACGCUGAUGACUGGGCGGAUCUGACUGAAUUUAUCACAUAAUAUGACCGGACUUUGAUGAUGAUCGUAAAUGGAAGUUAUUCCAGCCUAAAAUAUAUCAGCACUAAAUUGUUGUAUACUCGACUAUUAUUUUACUGUUUUCUAGAUUUCACAGCUGUAUUAUAAUUGUGUGUGAUAGAACGCAGCUUUUGUGUGAACUAUUAUCAUUUUUUUCUGUUUCCACCAUAGUUACAUCGACUCGUAUUUAUAAACUGCUUGUCAAAUUUCGCCUCAACUUUUACAGCCGAAAAACAACAAUUAUUUUGAAGUUUGGCAUUACCCUGUUUCCUUGAUUGUUUUGUUGUUAACUAGAAAAUAUAGUGGAUUUGUGCAUGUCCAAACAUGUAUCAUGAGGACAUUGAUCAGUGUUAAAUGACGAUCUCAGAUAAUGUUUGUAGUACACAUGGGCCGUGUUCUGCGAAAAGGGGGUUAAAUGAAUGUGCGUAAAGUGUCGUGCCAAAUAAGUCCGCAGAGGCUAAUCAGGGGCAGAACUUUCCGAUUUUAACUAUUUUUCGUUUACAGAAAGUCUCUUCUUUGCAAAAAUCCAGUUAAGGCGAAAAGUGUCGUCCUUGAUUAGCCUGCGCGGACUACACAGGCUAAUCUGGGACGACACUUAACGCAAAUGAAUUAAACCCCAUUUUCACAGAGCGAGGCUCAUAUAUAGUAAAACGUGACGCAGUAUGUGGUCGAGUUAUUCACACUUAAGAUAUUGAUAUAUUGAUGCUGUAUUGAAUUAACUUCAAGAUAAUUGACGAUUCAUUGCAAAAACGCUAAGUAAGGGCCCUGUGAAAAACUGACACGGUAACUGGUCGCGAAGAAGUGUUUACAUAUAAUAAUGUUGGCAUAUUCACACAUCGUGUGGUCAUGUUUACAUAUAAUAAAACGUAUUUGCUUAA